UCUGAAGAUGGAGGAAGUAAAAAACAGGAUUACCCUUAGCUACAGAUCCACUGCCUUAGUUUCCAUAACCAACUGCGGGGCACAAACACACGAUCGCUAAGCCCAGGAAAGAAACCGAGAAAGGAAAAGACUCAUUAACAAAACAAACCAACCGGGGGGGGGAUGAUGGAAUUGUUUCCCUACACGCACUGCUGAGCACUGCACUUUGAUUAUGGAAGUGGAGGCUACUGAUGGAUACCUGCCCUGUGACCAUGACCUUUCACCUGAAAGGGAGCACUCCAAUAUGGCAAUCGACCUUACUUCAAGCACACCCAAUGGGCAACAUACCUCACCAAGUCACCUGACAAGCACAAAUUCCAUAAAGCUGGAAAUACAAAGUGAUGAUGAGGAUUCUGAUAGAAAGCCUCUAAGGCAGGAAGAUGGGCAGGAUGAAGGCAGCAGUUUGGAAGAGCCCCUCACGGAGAACCAGGAGAUUGUGGAAAACAGAAAAAUGCAGGAGCUGUCAGGCGAGGGAGGAAUCCGGCUUCCGAAUGGUAAACUGAAAUGUGACGUCUGUGGCAUGGUUUGCAUUGGGCCCAAUGUGCUUAUGGUACAUAAAAGGAGUCACACUGGUGAGCGUCCCUUUCACUGUAACCAGUGUGGAGCUUCCUUCACCCAAAAGGGGAACCUACUGAGGCACAUCAAAUUACACUCUGGAGAAAAACCAUUCAAAUGUCCCUUCUGUAGCUAUGCCUGCCGGAGGAGGGAUGCCCUCACAGGACACCUCAGGACACACUCUGUGGGUAAACCUCAUAAAUGUAACUACUGUGGACGAAGCUACAAACAGCGCAGUUCUUUGGAGGAACACAAGGAACGCUGUCAUAACUACCUUCAGAAUGUCAGCAUAGAGGCUGCGGGGCAAGUGAUAAGUCAUCAUGUCUCUACUAUGGAAGAUUGUAAGGAGCAAGAAGCUGGGAUGGACAGCAAUGUUACUCUGGUGCCUUUUGAAAGACCUGCUGUGAUAGAGAAGCUGACAAGCAACAUGGGAAAGCGUAAAAGCUCCACCCCACAGAAGUUUGUGGGUGAAAAGCUCAUGAGAUAUAGUUAUCCAGAUAUUCAUUUUGACCCAAACUUAUCAUAUGAGAGAGAUGCUGAGCUGAUGCAAACUCACAUGAUGGACCAAGCAAUCACCAAUGCAAUCUCUUACCUUGGAGCAGAGGGACUUCACCCAUUGAUGCAGCACACACCAAGCACAAUUGCUGAUGUGGCACCUGUCCUAAGUUCAGCUUAUGCUCAGGUCUACAACCCUAACAGGAUAGAAAGACCGGUGAGCAGAGAAACCUCUGACAGCAAUGAAAAUAAUGUGGACGGCCCUCUCUCCCUCAUCAGACCAAAGAGUCAUCCCCAAGAAAGAGAGGCCUCACCUAGCAAUAGCUGCCUCGAUUCCUGUGACUCAGAGAGCAGCCAUGAAGACCACCAGUCCUUCCAAGGAAACCUUGCCUUAAAUCCCAAACAAAAGCAAAGCCCAGCUUACAUGAAGGAUGACUCCAAGGCUUUGGAGGUCAGUAAAGCAUCAAAGGGCUCUUUAAAGGAUAUCUAUAAGGUCUUCAAUGGAGAAGGAGAGCAGAUAAGGGCAUUUAUGUGUGAACACUGUCGAAUUCUUUUCCUAGACCAUGUCAUGUACACCAUUCAUAUGGGGUGUCAUGGCUACCGGGACCCCUUAGAAUGCAACAUUUGUGGCUACCGGAGUCAGGACCGAUAUGAGUUCUCUUCCCACACUGUCCGAGGAGAACAUACAUUCCACUAAGCCUUCUUUUCCAAAGGGGACACUGAAGUAGAAAAACAAACACUGCACAUGAAGAAAUACUGCACUUGCAAGCCCACUUUUCCUCAGAUGUCGACACAGCUUUUCUCAUUGGUUCUGUUUUCCUUGCGGCUAUUUUUAAUUAUUGUUAUUUUUGUUGUUGCUCUGUUUUGGGGAUCCAGUCUCACGUUACCACCAGUGGUGAGGUGAGAAGGAAGGAAAGGAGGGACCAGAGCGUAGUUUGGCUUAUUGUUUUUGCUAUGAAAACAGACGUUUCCCUUUCAUAGUGGAAAGUGAAAGGGAAUUCAUUUCUGUCACAGUUUUUCCUAUAGCUUUUCAAAUAUCUUGGGUACUGCUGAACUCCACAAGGUGCUCUGACAUCUUAGCAAAUUGCCAUUUUGGGGGAGAAUGAUAAUUUCAAAGGUAUAAAGCCCUUUUAAAUAUGUAGCUAAAGUUUUGUUCAGGUUGGGAGAGGAGAUUCUUAUUUUGCAAAAUUUCUAGCAAAAGGGGUAUGUGUAGGGGCAGGGAGAGGUUUAGCUUAAGACUAACCUAUAUUCUAGAGAUUUAGGAGCACAAAUAAAUAUCAAGUUUGCUCAGAAGUUAUUUCCUGAGGUGAGGUACUUUCUUACAUGGUAUUGUUUGUCUGGAAUGUAAGGGAAUUAUUUAUAUCUAAAUACUAAAUCACAUAACUGAGAUUUGAUUUUACACAUGAUGUGACAUCAUCCAGGAAAUUUGAAAAGAUAAAAUGUUAUUUUAUUUAUCCCAAUAUGCACUUUUAAAAAGGAAAGAGAACUAAUUUCUAGGAUGCUCUUAUGUCAUUAACAUUCAUUUCCCAGCUUCCUGUGGGCCUUAAAUGAUGGCCUUGUGUAUUUUUUUUAAGUUGUUUAGGUGACUUGGAGUCUACGUAUGUUUACUCAAAAGUAAGCUUCACUUAGUUCAGAAGGGGUUUAUUUCCUAGUAAAGAUUCUUAGUUUAGAAAUACAGAUAUCAUUAUUUAUGUAGCUGCUUUAGAAUCUCAAAUAUGCUCAUCACAAAUGCAUUUGAACUAUGAAAUACUUAUAUUUUUCAUUUUAUUUUCUGUAGUGUGAAGCAUUAAGAAUCUGAGUAAACUAAGACCUUCAGUUAGGAGAUCUGUAUCCUGAAUCAGCUGGCUAGAGCUGCCGUAGUGAU